AGGCGAAGGGGUGAGCCCGUCAGCCGAGUCAGUCGCUCGGCCGGCGGCGUAGUGGCCACACGUUCUCCCAAUCUAAACGGGUUCCACGCGCUUGACAGCCCACGUGGCUUGACAUGUGCUAUCAUGUUUUGAUUCCCUCGCGUGUUUACGUUUGAAUCUUCGAUGGGAGUAACUUUAGCUUGAAAAGUGGCCGGUUUUAUUUAACUUUAACAGUGUUUUGGGAACUUUAGUGAACUUUUGAGGAUGUACGCGUUUGCGAUUAUCGCCGCGUUCCUGAUAUUGCCGGGGCCAUCAAGUAUCUACUCGGAUAAUUUAGGUUCGCUGGCUAGCACGCUCAAAGAUAUGCAUCGCACAGCGUGCGACGACGAGCUGGUGUCUCUAUCAUGCCCCACGGGCACCGUCGUCAACGUCCAAGCGGCGACGUACGGGAACGGCACACGCACGUGCGAGAACGCCAAGCCGGGACAGCAGACGAACGAUGGCUGCUUGUGGCCUAAUUCUAUGCAGUACUCCCUGUUACAAACAGUAGUGGAGGCGUGUCAGAAGAAGAAAAACUGUCAAUUUAGCACAGCGUUAAUGGCGGGGGCCCCUGAUCCGUGCCCUAUGGCCAGGAAGUUCGUACGAGUUGCGUACAAAUGUCGACCGUAUGAGUUCCGGAGCAUCGUGGCCUGCGAGGACCAGACCCUGACCCUGGGCUGCAACCCAUACUCGCGGAUAGCCGUGUACGAUGCAGAGUUUGGACGCACCCUCUUUUCCACGGAAUGCUCGCAGAAAGGAAUGCCUGACGAGAAUUGCAAGGCGCUAAUAGCAGGCAGCAAAGUGAUGCAAAGUUGCCACGGGAAGAGGAGGUGCGAGGUGCUGGCUUCUAGAACAAUCUUCGGGAAUCCAUGCAACCGCACCAGCAGGAUGUACCUCAAAGUUGUAUUUGCUUGUGUGCCCCUGGGCGUUCUCACAGAGCAGUAUGAGUCCGCUCGAGAGGCGGACGAGACCGUGAAUGGGGUUAUGAACUCAGCAGCUUCCGAGUUAUACGACAAUACAGUGAACUCAGAAAAAUGGAAUGAGGUAAAUGCGACUCCUAUGGUGAACCCGGCUGUUCAGCCGCCGUGGGUCAUCAGCACGCCGGCUACUACAACUAUUGAUCCAGUUGCUACAAUACAUGAAGUGGCUUCGAUAGACAAUACAGGGUCACCGUCAACACGGAAUAUCACAAUUUAUGUUGGCGUAAGCGUUCUAAUAUUCAUCAUCUUUAUUGUACUGCUCAUCGCAGUACGCUGCUAUAUUAUAAGAAAACAUACGAGAAACUCCAAAAACGGCGAUAUGUUCAUAGCCGAAGCACCCAACGUGUUCAACGAUGCUGUCUCAGACAUCGACAAUGACAUUGAUGUCACGCACAUGUCAGGCACUUUCUAUGACCCCGUACAUCCGGACAUGAUAUUAUAUAGGGACGUGCCUGGCAGUAAAGGGACGUUACGCGCUAUGAGACCCUUAUCAACCAUAUACCCCUGUGCCGGCGCCAGCAUGUACGGUAAUUUAGAUUACGUCCCUCCGCAGUACAGAGAAGUUGCGGCUGGGAGGCUCAGUAGAGAAGCAAGUAGGGAAAAGGAAGAUGUAGAAAUGGAUCACGAGGUAGUAGUUAGUCCAAAAAGUUUGAAUAGGUUUUCGAAUUCUCAAUAUUAUUACGGCUGACGACGUGAUGAUAGGACCGCCGAUGAUGAGACUAGGACUUACUGUUUUUAGGGACGUUGUAAAUGUAUUGUCACAGUCAUAAUUUAUAAUUAUAUAAUAGGUUUUUUAUGGUAAUUGUUUUAAUGUUGCACCAAAUUGCAUUGCAUUAAAUGAAAUUGUAAUUUCUAGCGAUGAUCUCAUGUGUACCGAAAACAAUUUUUACACGAAUUUCUCUGUUUAGAAGAAAUAAAGUAUUUAUGACUCAUCUGUCUUAGUAUAUUUCGGAUAAAAUAAUCGUGAUAAUACUAUGAGAUCUCAAACUAAUGAUGAGAGCACUUAAAUUAAAAUUUGUUUAUAUGUAAAAUAAUCGGUAGGUAUCUUAAACAUGUAUUAUAGAAAACAAUUUUAUUCUGGUCACACAUUUUAUUAAAUACUUAUUAUAGUAGAACUUAUUAGGUUUACGCUGGCCAAACACUGUUUUCUUUAAUAUUAUUGUAAUGUUUACCUACACCUCUAUAUAUUUAGGUGCCCAUUUCUGCACAUGUGGUAACACUUACGCUCAGUUGUGUUUCCGCACAGGUACCUAAGCGUUAGGUAUACUAAAUUGUAAAACUAUUAAACUUGCUCAACUGAUGUGACCACGAUAUCUUUUGAUAAAAUUUACGUAAGAUGUCAGUACCUGAAUCUGAAUAGGCCAAUGAAAUGAAUCAAUGAAUUAAUAAACGGUCGUGUAUGUAUAAUUGUAUAUUACACAAGUAAACGAAUACCAAAGCUAUUAGAACACGUGUAAAGUUUAAGAAAUACUGCCGGCCUAGCCAAGGUUACAGUCGCUAUCGCUUCGACAACGAAAAGCAUUAUGUCUCUCUAUCACUCUUCCAUAUUAGUGUGACAGUGACAGUUGCGUUUCUAUCGCUACGGAGCGUAAGCGAUUGGCAUUUUGGCUACGCGGCCAGGGCUCAGAACCGGUAUAUUUUAAUAUGUAAGUACCUACUUGACAAUAUCGUUCCAAAAUUAUUUUAUAAUUUCGAUCAUUAAAAAAAAAAUGAUAAAAAAAUGUAACGUAAACUAAAACAUUUCUGAUCGUUAAAAUAGGGAACGAAAUUUUAGUACUAAUCUCUUUCAAAUAUUGAAACAAAAACGCUUGGUCACUUCAACGGCUUAUGCAUAAACGAAGUUAAAGCAACUGUGAUGACACAACUUCGAAUUUUAAUUUAUCACUGUUUGGCUGGCACCCUCAUUUAAUAGCUUAUCGGGUUUCCCAAAUAAAACAAAAGGGUGCAUUGCAUUGUUUUUGCAUUUUCCGAUGUCUCCAUUCAAUGUUUUCCAUUGUAAAAACUUAUACAAUGGACCGUCCGAAAUAUUAUGUUGGUUUUUGGGGGACUUUAAAAAGAACAAAUCAUCGACGACGGAUAAAAAUAAAGUAUUAUCUGUAUCAGCCUCAUAAAAACAUAGAUUAAUGUAGGUACCUAUUUUAUUAUAUAAACAUAUUAGACUUAGGGCCAGUUGCACCAACCACAUUUGACAGACUGAUCAACGUCAGCCGGCGCGCCCCGGCGCCUUACUAUGAAACUUUCCAUACAUAAAAAUUUAGCGAACUCUUUAACGAUACGAACAGUUUGGUGCAACCGACCCUUAUAGUCAAAUCAAUUGUUACGGAAAAAAUAAAAAACAGUUAAACAGUUAUUCAUAUUAUCCACAGCAAAGACUGUGUAUUAGGUACGUAUUAAAUACGAAAAAUAUCUACUUAUUAUAAACGAUAUCUUACGUGAUUAAAUAAGCUAGAUUUUUAUUUAUUUAUCCCUGUAAAUGAAACAAAUCUAUAGCUUUUAUUUUACCAACUUCUCGCCGUAAAUAUAUAUAUAUAUAUAUAUGUCCAUGUCAUAUUUCAGCUUUCUAACCUAAGGGUCAGUGAACUAACUAAGCCGCGGAUGUACAGACGGACAUGGCGAAACUAUAAGGGUUCCUUAGUUAUGUACGAAACCCUAAAAACCGGAUCGGUGUAAGUAGUAAAAAAGUUUCGUAUUUGUUUCCGGCAGAUUUGUACUGUUAUUAUUAAGCUUUAUCAUGAAUAAUUGCAUCUCCUUCUGUUUUUACAUCUCUCACGUAUUGCACUGUAGAUGUACUUUAAAAACCGGAUAAGUGCGAGUCGGAAUUGCCCACCGAGGGUUCCGUGCAAAUUUAACGAUUUUUUUAUUUUAUUUGUAUGUAUUUUUUUUAUUAGUGUAAGACGUUACUUGCCAAACUUCAUAGUUCUAGAUUAGAAAUAUUUCAACUCGAUACCUCCGGACAGACAGAUGGAUGGACGGACGGACAACAAAGUGAUCUUAUAAGGUUUCCGUUUUUCCUUUUGAGGUACGGAACCCUAAAAAUUGGGCGGACCCUAGAUUUCUAGUCCCGGGACUUAACUUAGAUAACCGCUGUGUAAGUAGCUUCUGCCUCGACUGGCUAAGCGCUUUAAAAUUUACUUUGUACGAUUAAGUAUUGUAAACUUAAACUUUGACUGCAGCUGACACUGCCGCAACAAAAGGCAAAGUCAGUACUAGUAAACGUUUCCUAACGCCUGCUUACACCUACAGUACCUACUGUAACGCAUCCCUUUAUCCUAUAGGUACCUACCUAUUUAUUAUUUAUUUUUAGUAUACGUACAUAUCUCGCUUGCGCUUAAAUGUUAGUGUGCUAAAUGAGCUGAAUUUGAAUGCUGCUCCCUAAUAGCAAUAACGCUAUCGAAUUAUCUAUCCAAUAUGUUUAUAAUUUAAUCAAAAUCAAAGUUACUUUUAAAGGUGUUUAUCGUGAAAACAUGGAAUAAAAAUUACUCUCUAGUGGCUCUUUACUACACUUUUCAUAAAUAUUCUAGCUAUAUAUUCCGGUAAAGUUUCAAACAACGAGCGAUGGCGAUAAACGCUUUUUCGUAAUUGAAAAUACUUGUUACAUAUCUGUGUAAAGGUGUACAAUUUUGUAUUACUUUUUUAUUAAAAAGGUAUGAAA